UUUUCUUACAUCGACACAUCGACUCAAAAUUUGAUCUUCACUUCGAUUCGGAUCUUCUUCCCGAACAAGGAAACUAUAGUUGAAUCAUUCCAUUAAAUAUUCAGUAGCAUUUCAGUAUAACCUUAAAGCUAUGGAGAAUCCCUCCUACUUCUUCUCACUCUAAUGAUCUACUAGUUCUGGUAAGUUUUUUUUUUAGGGUUUCUAGUUUCUUCAAUUCUGCAUCAUCAUCAUGAGUGGAUCAGCUAAUCAACCCUCACCAGCACCGGCAGCAGCAGCAAAUUUCAGUACCGGAGACAGUUUGUUCUCGGGUUUAUCUCUCAAGAACCUAAAAUUGAAAACUAAGCAACAAGAAGUACUGAUUCGUGUUAGUAUUCUUGGUCUUGUUUACAUAUUAGCAUUUAUAACAAGGUUAUUUAGUGUUCUUCGUUAUGAGAGUAUGAUACAUGAAUUUGAUCCAUACUUUAAUUAUAGAACAACAUUGUAUCUUACUGAAAAGGGGUUUUAUGAGUUCUGGAAUUGGUUUGAUUCUGAGAGUUGGUAUCCAUUAGGUCGAAUUAUUGGUGGUACUUUAUAUCCAGGUCUUAUGGUCACUGCUUAUUUAAUCUAUUCCACACUCAGGUUUUUGAGAUUUGCAGUUCAUAUUCGUGAAGUUUGUGUUUUAACAGCUCCAUUUUUCGCAUCAAAUACAACUAUUGUUGCUUACUUUUUUGGGAAAGAGAUAUGGGAUUCUGGUGCUGGUCUUGUUGCUGCGGCGUUAAUUGCCAUUUGUCCUGGUUAUAUAUCUAGGUCAGUGGCUGGAUCAUAUGAUAAUGAAGGAGUUGCUAUUUUCGCUCUGGUGCUUACUUUUUAUUUGUUUGUUAAGGCGGUUAAUACGGGUUCUCUUUCAUGGAGCUUAGCUUCGGCUUUUGGCUACUUUUAUAUGGUGUCAGCUUGGGGAGGUUACGUUUUUAUUAUUAACUUGAUUCCGCUGUAUGUGUUGGUUCUUCUAAUUACUGGGAGGUUUUCAAUGAGAUUGUAUAUAGCAUAUAAUUGCAUGUACGUGUUGGGAUCAUUACUCGCAAUGCAGAUUCAGUUUGUUGGAUUUCAGCAUGUUCAGUCUGGGGAGCAUAUGGCGGCAAUGGGAGUGUUUUUCUUGAUGCAGGUAGUUUACUUCUUAGGUUGGGUUAAGCACUUGUUAAGCGACACAAAGCUAUUUCAGUUCUUCUUGAGGUUCACAGUGACCUGUUCGAUCGGCAUGGGUGCUCUGGCUCUUGGGGCUGGGAUGGCCUCUGGUUAUAUAUCUCCAUGGACAGGCCGAUUUUACUCUUUGCUCGACCCCACCUAUGCAAAGGAUUUCAUUCCAAUUAUCGCUUCUGUAUCUGAGCAUCAGCCGACAGCAUGGUCAUCUUUUAUGUUUGACUUCCACAUCUUGCUCAUCCUGUUCCCAGCAGGGUUGUACUUCUGCUUCAAGAAGUUGUCGGAUACCACAAUUUUCAUAGUCAUGUAUGGAUUGACGAGCAUGUAUUUUGCUAGCGUGAUGGUUCGGUUAAUUCUCGUUGCAACACCUGCAAUGUGUCUUAUUAGUGCUAUUGCAGUAUCUGCUACCAUAAAGAAUUUAACUUCAUUAAUACGAACAAAGAGCAGGAGUCUUCUCAGUGGCUUUGGCAAGGCAAGUGGUAGUUCAAAAGGGUCAUCUAAGAAUUCACCCGAUCAAUCUCCACCUUUCGGAAAAAAUGUAGCAAUUGCUCUGCUCGUUGGAGCGUUUUACUUGCUAAGCAGAUAUGCUCUUCACUGCACCUGGGUUACAUCGGAGGCAUAUUCAUCUCCCUCAAUUGUGUUGGCUGCAAGGGGUGCUAAUGGAGGCAGGGUCAUUUUUGACGAUUAUCGAGAGGCAUACUUUUGGCUUCGGCAGAAUACACCUCCAGAUGCUAAGGUGAUGUCCUGGUGGGAUUACGGGUAUCAAAUCACUGCCAUGGGAAACCGGACCGUUAUUGUAGACAAUAACACCUGGAACAAUACACAUAUUGCCACCGUAGGGCGUGCAAUGGCAUCUGAUGAAGGUGAGGCAUAUGAAAUAAUGAGAUCGCUGGAUGUGGAUUAUGUACUGGUCGUAUUUGGAGGUGUUACUGGCUAUUCUUCUGAUGAUAUUAACAAAUUUCUGUGGAUGGUGCGUAUUGGAGGCGGGGUUUAUCCUGUCAUCAAGGAAUCCGACUACCUUGUAAAUGGUGAAUAUCGGAUUGAUCAGGGUGCCGCACCCAAGAUGUUGAACAGUCUGAUGUACAAGCUUUGUUAUUACCGGUUUGGAGAGCUGACAACUGAGUAUAGUAAACCUCCUGGGUAUGAUCGUGCCAGGGGAGUUGAAAUUGGAAACAAAAAUGUGCAGCUUGAGCACUUGGAAGAGGCCUUCACAACUUCCAACUGGAUUGUUCGGAUAUACAAAGUCAAACCACCUAGUAAUAGACCAAAAGUCAUGAAACCGCCCCGUAAUAUGUAAUUCUGACUGUUAGAGAGAGAAAUGAAGCCGCACAGCCAGAGCAAGGUUAACUUAUCACGUCUGCCCAGAUUCAAAUGAGUACUGUAAUCCCUGUACCUCUUGCUAGGAAUUGACAACGGUAAAUGUUUGUGCCGGAUGGAUUGUUUGCAUUACAAGUUUUCCAAAUAGAGAUGGUUAUAUUCUUAGAGCAUAAUUGUUUUUUCAUUAAUGAAACUAGCCAGUCCCAGGUUUGACACCACC